AUCCAGACCCUCCCUCUCCCCAUUUUCUCUCUCUCUUUUUCUCCCUCGCACAUACAUACUCGCACACACACACUGCCUCCUUUCACUCUCACUCUGCCAGUCUGCAGUUCAACAUGUUGCCUGCGCGAUGCUGCGCUCCACAGUGGAAGCCAUCCUGCCGGUGUACCGGCCGCGCACCACAGCCCGAGCGUCAGUGCUCCAUCUGAAGGACCUGUGUGAGGAGGAGCGCGACCCUCACAAACCCCAGCCACCGUCCGACAGAGAGGAACAGCACGCCAGCUCCAUGUGGAGGGAGGCCAUGCGUAAGCGGAGCUACUUGCUGGAGAGGGGCUCCCGGACAGGAGGAGAUGUAACAGGAGGAGGAGGUGUGCGUGGCCGGAGACAGAGGUCCCCAGACUGGCUGUAUGACUCGUACUAUCUUAUGAGCCAGCAGCACCCACUUUUUGUUUUUCUGCUCCUCAUUGUGAUGGGUGCCUGCCUAGCUCUGUUGGCUGUCUUCUUCGCCUCUGGGCUGGAUAUCGAGGAUCACAUCGCCUUUGUAAUCACUGUCCCCACUGCGCUGGCUAUUUUCCUCACUAUCUUUGUUCUGGUCUGCAUCGAGUCCGUCUUCAAGAAGCUGCUCCAUGUUUUCUCCUUGGUGAUCUGGGCCUGCCUGGUUGCCAUGGGUUACCUCUUUAUGUUUUUUGGAGGAAUCAUCUGUCCCUGGGAUCAGGUGUCAUUCUUCUUGUUCAUCAUUUUUGUUGUAUACACCAUGCUUCCCUUCUCCAUGAGGGAUGCUAUCAUAGCCAGCGUGCUCACCGCGUCCUCUCACACUGUUGUCCUCAGUGUCUGCCUCUCCUCUACAGUCGACCAUGUGGAGCCCCUGGUAUGGCAGAUCCUGGCAAAUAUCAUAAUUUUCAUAUGUGGGAACCUGGCAGGAGCGUACCAUAAACACCUGAUGGAACUGGCGCUAAAGCAGACAUAUCAAGACACCUGCAACUGUAUAAAAUCACCCAUCAAACUGGAGUUUGAGAAGCGUCAGCAGGAACGUCUGUUGCUGUCUCUGCUUCCUGCUCACAUUGCCCGAGUGAUGAAAGCUGAAAUCAUACAGAGACUACAGGGGCCGAAGUUUGGUCAGGUGGAAAACACCAACAACUUCCAUAAUUUAUAUGUACAACGUCACACCAAUGUCAGUAUUUUGUAUGCUGAUAUUGUUGGAUUUACCCGCUUGGCCAGCGAUUGCUCACCUGGAGAGCUGGUCCAUAUGCUGAAUGAACUAUUUGGCAAAUUUGAUCAGAUUGCCAAGGAAAAUGAAUGUAUGAGAAUCAAAAUUCUAGGGGACUGUUAUUACUGUGUAUCUGGCCUUCCAGAGUCCUUGCCAAAUCAUGCCAAAAACUGUGUGAAGAUGGGACUUGACAUGUGUGAAGCUAUUAAGAAAGUGCGAGACGCCACAGGAGUGGACAUUAACAUGCGAGUGGGCGUUCACUCUGGAAACGUUCUCUGUGGUGUGAUUGGCCUCCAGAAAUGGCAAUAUGAUGUCUGGUCUCAUGAUGUGACUUUAGCUAAUCACAUGGAAGCAGGUGGUGUACCUGGACGAGUCCACAUCACCUCGGUGACCCUUGAGCACUUGAACGGGUCAUAUAAGGUUGAAGAUGGAGAUGGCCAGGAACGUGAUCCUUAUCUAAAAGAGCAUGGAGUUGUAACUUACUUAGUGAUCAACCCAAAGGCAGAGAGGAAGAGUCCUCAACACCACUACAGACCCAGACACACCAUAUACGGGGCUAAAAUGAGAGCUUCAGUGAGGAUGACCAGAUACCUAGAGUCCUGGGGUGCAGCCAAGCCUUUCGCCAACCUUCACCACCGAGACAGCAUGACCAAUGAGAACGGAAAAAUCAACACCGCUGAUGUCCCCAUGGGCCAGUACCACUUUCAGAGACGUUCAGAAAGAACAAAAUCACAGAAGAAGCGUUUUGAGGAGGAACUCAAUGAGAGGAUGAUUCGCACUUUCGAUGGCAUCACUUCUCAAAAACAAUGGCUCAAAUCAGAGGACAUUCAGAGAAUAUCCUUGUUUUUCCACAAUAAAACAUUGGAAAAAGAGUAUAGAGCAACGACCCUGCCGGCCUUCAAAUAUUACAUCACCUGUGCCUGCUUGAUAUUCUUCUGCAUUUUCAUCGUGCAGAUCCUGGUCCUGCCAAAAACUGCAGUAUUGGGAAUAUCAUUUGGAAUGUCCUUCUUAAUUCUGUCUGUGAUUCUGCUCAUUUGCUUCACUGGCCAUUUCUUGCAUUGCAAUAAGACUGCCUCCGCAUCUUGGCUCUGGAUCCUUAGAUCCUCCGGAAUCAUCGCCAACAAGCCCUGGCCACGCAUCACCCUCACCAUGGCGACCACAGCCCUCAUCCUGAUCAUGGCUGUCUUCAAUAUGUUCUUUGUAGAAGACAACCUAACUUCCACAGAUGCUGUUUAUAAUACAUCAAAUGAGACACUUCUUCAGCCUGAUGGGCAUCGCCUAUCUUACCUGGACAAGAACACAUUCUACCUUCCUUAUUUUAUCUACAGUUGCAUUCUGGGUCUGAUCUCCUGCUCAGUGUUUCUGAGGAUCAACUAUGAGCUGAAGAUGCUCAUCAUGCUGACAGCCGUGGUGCUCUACAACAUCAUCAUACUUCAAACACAUGCAUCCCUGCUGGACGAGUACAGCAAGUUCCUCUACAAAACAGAAAUCCAGGAAAGGCCAGGAGUUCUGAAAGACUUGAAAACAAUGGGCUCUGUGUCUCUCUUUAUAUUCUUCGUCACCCUGCUUGUUCUAGCUAGACAGAAUGAAUAUUACUGUAGGUUGGAUUUCCUUUGGAAGAACAAAUUCAAGAAGGAAUGUGAGGAGAUAGAGACCAUGGAGAAUCUCAAUCGCGUUCUGCUGGAGAAUGUUCUGCCAGCCCAUGUAGCAGAGCACUUCCUGGCCAGGAACUGGAAGAAUGAGGAUCUGUAUCACCAAUCAUAUGACCUGGUGUGUGUGAUGUUUGCUUCUAUCCCGGACUUCAAAGAGUUCUACACAGAAUCAGACGUAAACAAGGAGGGUCUUGAGUGCCUCAGACUACUCAACGAGAUCAUUGCAGACUUUGAUGAGUUGCUCUCGAAGCCAAAGUUCAGUGGAGUGGAGAAGAUAAAGACCAUCGGAAGCACAUAUAUGGCAGCCACUGGGCUUAAUGCCAGCCCGGGGCCAGAAUAUACACAGGAGCAUGACAGGCAGUACAUGCACAUUGGUACCAUGGUGGAGUUUGCCUUUGCACUGGUGGGAAAGCUUGAUGUCAUCAAUAAACAUUCCUUCAAUGACUUCAAACUCAGAGUCGGUAUUAAUCAUGGACCUGUGAUAGCUGGGGUGAUUGGAGCACAGAAACCGCAGUAUGACAUCUGGGGCAACACAGUGAAUGUCGCAAGCAGAAUGGACAGCACAGGAGUGCUGGGAAAAAUACAAGUUACAGAAGAGACGAGUGUUAUCUUGCACACUUUAGGCUACAUGUGCACAUGCAGAGGAAUUAUAAAUGUGAAAGGGAAAGGAGAGCUCAAAACAUACUUUGUACACACUGAGAUGAGCCGGUCUUUAUCCCAGGGGAAUGUAAUGCCAUGAAUCAUAGCAACACACGAGCAAUGAACUGCAGACAUCCACAAACAGGAAUAAAAGAGACAUUUGUAAAUAAUUGUGCCUAGUCUUUAGAUGCACGAAAUAUUGGAUGUAUUGAAAGUGAUACCAUUUCUACCGUAUCUCAUAGGCAAGGUCUGAGCACAGGGUACUGUAAAUAUGGUAGCAAUUAUUUUGUAAGAAAAUCAAAUAUAACAAAAAGUGUUUUGAUGUUUUAUCACCAUUCUUUUUCUUUUGUAAAAACUUCAUUAAACUUUAUAUGUACUUGUC